AUGGUCUGGGUCGUCCAGGGCACCCUCAACAGCGAGCCCCACCCAAGCACGAGCACCGAGUCCUUCCCGCAACUCUCGUCCCACUACCUCCGCCCCAACCGCUCGUACCGCCUCGGUCGCGCCGGCGGCGUCCGCGCUCCCCUCAAGCCCGGCCAGGACAAGCCCGGCCCCGCGAGCCGCCACCGCCCGUACGACUUCCGCAUCGCCAACCUCGCCAUCUCCAAGGACGGCCUCUUGACCCUCGACACACACGGCGCCGACUGGGACCCGCUCGACAACCACGACCGCCCCGACAACCUCGAGCCCUACUCGCUCACCUUGACCGCCACGAAGAAGCUCGAGCUCGUGCGCACCAACGGCGAGGUCGUCGACAUCGCGCCCAACGAGACCGUCGUCGUGCACGACGGUGACUCGUUCCACGAGCGCAACAAGGGCUUCUCGUUCGGCUUCACCUGGCGUCCCGUCAACCUGUGCUUCAGCGCCGCGUCGGCCGAGAAGAAGAAGCAGUACGCCGCUCACGCCAAGAAGCUCGGCAUCAAGAUCGCGUACCGCGACUUUCGCGCCCACCACACGCACCUCGUCGUCAAGACGGCCGCUCCCAACGCGACCGUGACGCUCGCCGCCAUGCACCGCGCCCACAUUGUCGCACCGACGUUCUGCGACGACCUCUUCCAGGCCGGCGCGCCCAAGCCGUUCCCGCCGGCCGACCACGUCCCCGUCCGGCCCGAGCCGCUCGCGCCCGACGCCGGCGCCGACGACAAGGCGGCGCACGACCGCGCCGUCGUCAAGUGGGAGCGCGACGUGCUCGAGCUCGAGCCCGACGUCGGCUUCGACACGGGCAGGUGGUGGGGCCACUGCCUGCUCGAGCAGAACUGGGCGGCCGCGUGGCCCGGCGAGGACGCGCACGUGCCGGCGAGGUGGGACGGCCAGGACCCGACGAGGUGGGCCAUCCCGAGGGCCGAGAGGGCGACGCUCUUCCAGAACGUCCUGCUUGUGAACCUGAGGGGCAGUCCUGAAGCCGAUGCCAUCCACGGCGCCCUCGUCACGCUCGGCGGCGGCACCUACUUCCCCUGUGCCCUCCUCCAGCACUCGCCGCUCCCGACCUCGAUCGAGCCCCUCCUCGACGCCAUCGAGACGUUCAAAGCGGCGCACGUGCCCGCCACCGACGCCGGCGCCGCGAGCCGCAUCGCCAUCUUCCCGCCCGAGGGCGUGCUCGAGCCGGUCGAGGGCGCGAGCGAGGACGAGAUUGCGCUUGGCGAGCAGCAGAAGGAGCUCGUCCAGGAGUUGCAGCACGCCCUCCAGGUGCCCAAGCUCUGCUCGCCCGACGGUCGCGACCUCGCCACGGCCAUCUACGACCUCAACCUCGACGCGCUCUUCCCUGUCGAUGUCGGUCAAGGCGCGUCGGCCGCUCAAGGUGACGAUGUCGGUGGGCCCGACGUGGGCCGUUCGACCUCGCGCCGCACGCAGACGACGCAGGCGCUCACGCAGGCGACGCCGCCUUUCCCGACGGGCGGCGUGCCCGGCACGCACCCCGACAGCGGCAUGCCCGCGCCGACGGCGUCCGGGUCCGGCUCGGCGCCGGCGGCGUCGACCUCGGCGGCGGCGGCGGCGGCGGCGGCAGGAGCAGGGGCGGGAAUGAGUCAGGAGGGGAGCGAGUCGGGGCAGAGCCAACCUCGCAAGCUCACUCGCCGUGCUCGCACGGGCCGCACCGUCCUCGACUCGAUGUUCGCCGACCUGCCCGCCGAGGAGACGGCUCGCCCGUCGAGCUCGACCGCACGCCCGCACGACCUCGCCGGCGGCACGCUCGACUCGACCUCGCUCAACGCGUCGGCCUCGGGCGGCGCCGGCAUGGACGUCGACGCUGCGCCUUCGACCUCGGCCGCUCCCGCACACGGCGACCGCAUGCCGCGCCGUCGCGCCGGCCGCACCGCCGUCGAGCUCCUCCUCGACACGGGCGACGACUCGCCCGACCAUGACCGCGGCGGCGGGCGCUCGGCCGAGGCGGCGACGCAGAGCACGCACGACGAGCUCAUGCGCACGUCCAUGACGCGCGAGCAGCGGCGUGCGGCGCUCAAGGAGGAGGACGAGCGGCUCGCGAGGGAGGAGCAGGAGGGGCGGGCGCAGGACCGGGGCGCCCCGGCGGCACCGGGCAAGAAGCGCCGCUUCCGCGUGUCGCCGAGCGCGAGCGAGAGCGAGGGGGAGGAGGAGGGAGGAGGGCGGACUCGCAAGCGCGGGUGGAAGAAGGGCGGCGACGCGCCGGUCGCGACGCUCAAGAAGCGCACGAGGGCCCAGAGCCGCGACCCGACCGCCGCCGUCGCCGGCACGACGUCGAGCGACGACGACGAGGAGGGCGCACGUCGUGCCGCUCGCAAGAAGAGCAAGGCGCCGCAGGGGUCGUCGCCGCCGCCGCCGGGCCCGACCGCGGCGAGGGCGCCCAAGAACAAGAAGGAGGCCGCCGCCCUCAAGAAGGCCGAGAAGGCGGCGCAAGAAGCUGCUGCGCAGCGCCUCCUCCAGGUCAAGCCGACCAAGCGCCGCGGCGGCGAGACCGACAACCAGUUCACCGAGGAGUUCAACGCGCUCAAGAUCGUGCGCCCCAAGCUCCAGGCCAUGCCGCAGCAGGAGCACCGCCGCAUGCGGUGGAACGACGAGGACUCGGACGUCGAGCGCGAGCGGCUCAUCGUCGAGGACGAGGCGCGCGCCGAGCAGGGCGAGCGAGACGACGACGGCGACGACGACAUGGACCCGGACCAGUGGCGCCGGCCGACCCAGGCCAUGUUCGUGCUCCGCUCGUUCGACGUUGAGCGUAAGACGCCUCGUGCGGCGGCGGCGGCGGCGGCGGCGGCGGCGGCGGCGGACGGCGAGGUGGACGAGCGGUGGGCGGGCAAGCCCAACUUCAAGAAGUUCCGGCACAAGAACUCGAAGGCGCCUCGAGCGCCGUUCGCGCAACGAGCGCAAGUCGAGCUCACGGUCCCCGACCUCGCCGACUUUGGCCUCGGACCAGGCUACACCGACCGCAAGGGCACCACCUUCACGCAGGUGCAGCAGGCCGACGACGAGGACGACGAGGACGAGCUCUUUGCCGACAUGGCGACGACCAAGGGCCAGACCAAGCUCUCGUUCGGCAAGAAGGCCCCCACGACGAGCAAGACCAAGGGCAAAGCUCCCGUCAAACCCAAGUCGGCGCCCAAGAGCAAGGGCAAGGGGAAGCAGAUCGUCGCCGACUCGGACGACGACGACGACGACGACAAGUCUCCGCGCAGCUCUCACACCUUGCGCGACGACUUUGACGAGCUCGACGACGACGAGCCCGCCCCGCCGCAACGCCAACCCGCGCCGACAAGGCGCGCCGCAGCCCGCAAGCCCGUCCCGACCGUCAUGCUCGACGACAGCGACUCCGAGUCGGACUCGGGCCUCACGUUCAAGGGAUUCGGUAAGAAGGCGGCGACCGGGCGGGCCCGGCGCUGA